GAUUUAGAUAACAUUUUCGUAAACCAAAAAGCUACAAGAAUCGUAGCCAAAGCUGAGAGCCACAAUGAGGAUAGUGUUAGUCUUUUUAUUCUGUGCCAUUAUUGGUUUCACGGCAGCCAAGCACUUGGUAGAAAUAAAAAGGGAUGCACCACUAAGAGGCUCAGAGGCCUUUAUAGACAAAAGUGUACAGCUUCUGCAGAAAUGUUUCAAACCGGGCCAACAAACGAAACAGUGCUUCAAAGAGUUUCACUCAAAACUGAAUCCUCCUUCCGCGGCCAGCCCCUGUGAGAAAGAGUUAGGGGGAUGCGUCUCCAAGGCAACUCAGAAUCACAAUGGACUGACAUGUCUGGACAAUUUCGUUCAUUGCCUGAAAGAUAAGCUUAAGGAUGUCAUCUGAGUGAGAUGACCGUUUCUUGUUGACUGCAGAUAUGGAGAAUAAAAGAUUCAGUGAAGAUGAAUAAAGAUAUCUUUUAGGUGGCGUUUGCCAUGUUUUUACUUUC